GACAGGAAGGAAGGAAGGGGAGGGAAGACAUUCAGAGUGGCUGUCACUUCCAGUGCAGCAGAAGCAAGACACAGGGAUACACUGAGCCCAGCACCCAGGCUGGCACAUCUGUAUACAAACCUGGGCAGGGGGGCACUUGCAUGUACCCUCCCACCACUCCGACAAGGGCUGCCAAGCAACUGCAACACUGGAUUUACCCAUUAAACACCGCUACCCACUGGAUUGAUUGGCUUUUUUUUUUUUCCUAUUUAACAAACCCCAUCCAUUGAAUGCUAUUCUCCUAGCUUUUGUGAUUUUUUUUUUUUUUUUUUUUUUUAAUUUCUUUCUAGUUUUGAUGGCUGGGUGAGCUAUUUUCACGCUUGGACAACAGCAUAAAAUCAUCCUGUAGAUCAACCCCCCACCACCCCUCUUCCUUCCCUCACCCUCUUUUUUUAGCAAGCUGUACCUCCUCCCACUACACAGAUUACCUGCAGACCCCCAACCCAACAAGCUAUUACUAUAGCACCCUCCUCCUCCUCCCACCCCCCCCUAGCCACAGGGGCCAGGACCCUACUGUGUGUGGGUGCCAGUCAGGCAGGGAAGGGGGGUAAAAUAACAGAAAGAGAGAGACGGGAGGAGGAGAGGGAAGGGAAAGGUGGAGGGGGGGUGAGAGGAGAGAGGGAUCUGGAGGAGGAGGAGAAGGUGGUGGUGGUGGUACAAGAAGAGGCAGAGAAGGGAAGCGGUGACCAUGAAGAAAUUUAACAUCUGGAAGGUGCUGGAUGGCCUGGCAGCAGUUUCCUCCUCUUCUUCCUCGUCUUCAUCAUCUCAACCUGGGAAUAGGGAGGUGGACAUCCCGGAAACCCUCCAGUCUGAUCACUUCCAGCUCUGCAAGACGGUCCGCCAUGGAUUCCCUUUCCAACCAUCAGCUCUGGCGUUCGAUCCGGUUCAGAAGAUCCUCGCAAUUGGGACUGAGAACGGAGCUUUAAGGCUCUUCGGCCGCCCAGGAGUUGAAUGCUAUUGCCAGCAUGACAGUGGAUCUGCAGUAAUCCAGCUUCAGUUCCUGAUUAAUGAGGGAGCUCUUGUGAGUGCCUUGGAAGAUGACACUUUACACCUAUGGAACCUGAGACAGAAGAGACCUGCCAUACUACAUUCCCUAAAAUUCAUCCGAGAAAGGAUAACAUUUUGCCACCUGCCUUUCCAGAGCAAAUGGCUCUAUGUGGGCACCGAAAAGGGAAAUAUACACAUUGUCAACGUGGAGUCAUUCACUCUCUCAGGCUACGUCAUCAUGUGGAAUAAAGCCAUUGAACUCUCAUCCAAAUCCCAUCCGGGGCUAGUUGUCCACAUUAGUGAUAACCCAAUGGAUGAAGGAAAGCUCCUGAUUGGUUAUGAAAGUGGAAUAGUAGUAUUAUGGGAUCUUAAAUCAAAGAAAGCUGAUUACAGAUACACCUAUGAUGAGGCUAUCCAUUCUGUUGCUUGGCACCACGAAGGAAAACAGUUCAUCUGUAGUCAUUCAGAUGGCACCUUGACCAUAUGGAAUGUACGAUCUCCCACCAAGCCCAUACAGACAAUCGUACCACACGGUAAACAAAUAAAGGAUGGGAAAAAGCCAGAACCUUGUAAGCCUAUCCUCAAAGUGGAAUAUAAAACAACAAAGUUUGGGGAACCCUUUAUCAUCCUAUCAGGUGGCUUAGCGUACGAUACUGUGGGAAGAAGAGCUUGCUUAACAGUCAUGCACGGAAAAAGUACAGCAGUUUUAGAAAUGGAUUAUAACAUUGUGGAUUUUUUAACUCUCUGUGAAACUCCAUAUCCUAAUGAUUUCCAAGAACCCUACGCUGUAGUGGUCCUUCUAGAAAAAGAUUUAGUUGUUAUAGACCUUGCACAAAAUGGAUAUCCUAUAUUUGAAAAUCCUUAUCCCUUGAGUAUACAUGAAUCUCCUGUUACAUGCUGUGAAUACUUCGCUGAUUGCCCUGUGGACCUUAUUCCUGCACUUUACUCAGUUGGCGCCAGACAAAAGAGACAAGGUUACAGUAAAAAGGAAUGGCCUAUUAGUGGUGGAAACUGGGGAGUUGGAACACAGAGCUAUCCGGAAAUAAUAAUCACUGGUCAUGCCGAUGGAUCAGUCAAAUUUUGGGAUGCCUCAGCAAUAACAUUGCAAGUUCUGUACAAGCUAAAGACAGCAAAGGUUUUUGAGAAAUCUCGAAAUAAAGAAGACAAGCCGAACACGGACAUUGUAGACGAAGAUCCAUACGCCAUCCAGAUGAUUUCCUGGUGCCCAGAAAGCAGGAUGCUCUGUAUAGCUGGUGUCUCAGCACACGUAAUCAUUUACAGGUUCAGCAAACAGGAAGUGACAACAGAUGUGAUACCGAUGUUGGAAGUCAGAUUGCUCUAUGAAAUAAAUGACCUUGAAUCCCCUGACAUUGAACAAGUGCCAACUCCAAGUGGAGGGCCCAACUCCCAGCCCAUUGUUCUUCAGUCUCAUCCUUCCACAAGCAGCAGUUCUUCUGAUGGCAUCCGGGACAAUGUGCCCUGUUUAAGGGUUAAAAGCACUCCAUUAAAGCAGUCUCCAGGAUACCAGAUAGAAUUGGUUACGCAACUUGUAUGGGUUGGUGGAGAACCCCCACAACAGAUAACCAGUCUGGCAAUUAACUCUGCUUAUGGCCUAGUAGUUUUUGGAAACUGUAAUGGCAUUGCAAUGGUUGACUAUAUCCAGAAGACAGUCUUGUUGAACCUUGGUACGAUUGAACUCUAUGGCUCAAAUGACCCCUAUCAGAGACAACCAAGGUCUCCACGCAAAACACGACAGCCAUCAGGAGCAGGUCUUUGUGACAUUAAUGAGACCACUGUAACUUCUGAGGAUCGUUGCAAGUCACCUACUUCAGGAGGAGACAGAGAAAGAGAGGCACUAGGGAAGGAAGAGGGAUCUGGGUCCCAAAGAGGGACUAUGCUUCAAAAACAGGGACACUUGGGAGGUUUAACCUCACCCACUUCUUCUGAUGAUGAACAAUCAAAGAAUAAAUUUAUAGAAAAGGUUAAAAUCAAAGGCAGAAAAUUUUCCAAGUCCAUGGCCACUGAUCUAGCAAAGAUGUCAAGGAAGUUAAGCCUGCCUACAGAAUUAAAGCCUGAACUAGAUGUCAGGGACAAUUCAUUCAGUCGAUCCCGGAGUUCCAGUGUAACAAGCAUUGACAAGGAAUCACGGGAGGCCAUAUCAGCUCUGCAUUUUUGUGAAACAUUCACUAGAAAACCUGAUGUAUCAACAGCACCCUGCUUAUGGGUGGGAACUACCCUUGGUACUGUGCUCGUCAUAGUACUAAAUUUACCACCAGGGGGAGAUCAGAGACUUCUUCAGCCAGUUAUUGUCUCUCCAAGUGGAACUAUAUUGAGGCUGAAGGGUGCAAUCUUAAGAAUGGCAUUUCUGGACACUGUAGGGGCUUUAAUUCCACCAGCACAUGAAACCUGGAGGGAACACCACGUUCCUGAAGAUAAGGAUGACAGGGAGCGAUUGAAAAAAAGGAGGCCAGUUUCAGUCUCCCCUUCCUCCUCUCAGGAAAUCAGUGAAAACCAAUAUGCAGUCAUGUGCUCUGAAAAGCAAGCAAAAGUGAUCUCAUUACCCUCUCAGAACUGCAUUUAUAAACACAACAUAACAGAGACAUCUUUUGUCCUGCGUGGCGAUAUUGUGACAAUGAGUAACAGCACCUGCCUUGCAUGUUUCUGUGCCAAUGGACACAUUAUGACUUUUAGUUUGCCAAGCUUAAGGCCGUUGUUGGAUGUAAAUUAUUUGCCGCUUACCAACAUGCGGAUAGCACGAACAUUCUGCUUCACGAACAAUGGACAGGCACUGUACCUCGUAUCACCAUCAGAAAUACAGAGAAUUACCUACAGUCAAGAAACCUGUGAGAACCUGCAGGAAAUGCUUGGAGAGCUGUUCACUCCAGUUGAAACACCAGAAGCUCCCAACAGAGGAUUCUUCAAAGGCUUGUUUGGUGGUGGAGCACAGUCCCUUGAUCGAGAGGAUCUCUUUGGAGAAAUUGUAUCGGGAAAACCAUCAAGGAGCCUUGCACAGCACAUUCCUGGACCUGGAGGCAUUGAAGGGGUGAAGGGAGCAGCAUCAGGAAUUGCUGCAGAGCUAGCCCGUGCCAGGCUGGCCCUUGAUGAAAGGGGGCAAAAAUUAGGAGAAGCAGAAGAAAAGACAGCUGCCAUGCUUGCCAGCGCAGACUCACUCUCAAAGCACGCUCACGAGAUGAUGUUAAAAUACAAAGACAAGAAGUGGUAUCAGUUCUGAUGUGACCCUAUUCCAAAAGCAUCUAUUAAACUUAAUUGGAAAGAAGAUCUAAACACGAGCAUCCAUUUCUCUUCAUUUCUUUCUGCAGGACAGUUGGGAGCAAGGGGAGUGAACAUUCAUCUUUGGUUACUGUUUCCUAGCACAAAUCAUAUGCUGUCUUACCUCAGUCUUGCGGCUUACACUGAGGACCAUUGCAUUAAAACAGACGGGAAAGAAAAACUCAGUAUUCUUCUUUCAACUGUUAUUUGAUGAUGGUAAUGAAAAGAGGCUGCGUAUUAUAAUGAAAAGAUAUAAAACGGGGAGAGAAAAAAAGCUUUUUUUUUUUCCUCUUCCUUAUUCCUAGUAUAAAAUGUUAACGUUCCAUAUGCUUUAUUUUCUUUUACUGGUGUGUCACUUUCCUGUAAUGGAGAACUUACAUUUGGACUGCUAGCACCCACCUUCUGUUACUUCAUCCAUUAAAAAACAAACAAAAAAAAACAAUCAAAUAACAAAACAAAAAAAACACUUGUUCUUUAAGGUGUUAUCUUUGGGGAAGAUCAGUUCUAGACUUUUAACUGCACACAGAGAUGCUAGAUUUACUGGAACAUCCUCAGAGAACACCUGGCCAUUUUCAGUAACGAGGAAGACUCUUCUUAAUACCGUUGUUUUCUGCAUUCGUGAUUUCAGUCCAAAAAAAAGAAAGAUUUGUGAGUUGUGAUUUUUUUUUUCUGCACUUGGCCAUAUUCUUUUUCUUAUCUUUCACUCUUCCCCAAAAAUAUUGUACAAGUGUUGCAUUUCACUUUGCCUCUGAAAAUAUCAUUCAUUUCA